AUGGUCUUAUGUGAUGAAAGGUCCAUACAGUUUACUGUAAUGGCUACUCCUGAAGUUUUAAAGAUUAAUGCUGAAUAUAUUCGUAUGGCCGAUCAAUAUAUCGAAGCACCUGGUGCUUCAGAAGGUGGAGGAGGAAAAGGAAUUAGUAAAGUGGAAAAUCCAGAUAAUUUUAAGCAAGCAUUUGCUCAGGUUCAAGGUGAAGUUCCUGGUUCACCGAUUUUUCAUCAUGCGACUUGCUCGAGAUGCUCGUCAUCUCGAAGUUCAAGUUUUAGCGGAUCAAUACGGAAUGCGAUCUCCUUUUUGGAAGAGAUUGUUCUGUUCAAAAGUCGUCAUCAAAAGAUCAUUGAAGAGGCUCCCGUUAAAAUUGCAAAACAAGAGACAUUUGAAUCGACGGAAAAGGCUGCUGUCAGAUUAGCUAGAUUAGUUGAACAUCCUACGACAGAAAUGGUUUCAGGUGUGAAUUUACCUGCUGCUCAAUUACAAAUCGCUAUGGGAAUUCCACUUCAUCAAAUUCGUUCCGAGAUCGAUUUGGAUUUUUCGGAUCCCGAGUCUCUUCAAAUUCAAAGGAGACCUGCACUAAAAGGUCAUGUAAUAGCCGUUCUUAUAACAGCGGAAAAUCAUGACGCACCAAGUAGUGGUAUGGUGCAUGAACUUUAUUUUCGCAGCAGCACGAAUGUUUGGGAUAUUUCUCGGUUAAUUCUGCCGGUGGCCUUCACGAGUUUGCUGAUUCUCAAUUUGGUCACAUUUUCGUUAUGGGGAGAAUCGUCAACAAUCUCGAAAGAAUAUGAUACUUUCGAAGAUAAUAGUUUUACAACGGGAUGGUUGAACAUGUUAAUAUCUGAUGAAAAUCUAACGGCCGAAAAGCCUGAUAAAAUGUUGGCUGUGAUAUGCGAAAAUGAUCCAACACAACUUCGUCCACUUUAUCCUGGAAAGCUUGUGAGAUGUUUGGUGGAGUCUGGCGAUCAUGUAAAAAGAGAUAUUGUAAGGUCAAGCAUAUUGAAGGCUGCAGUUAUAGAUAGUCAUUAUGGAGAUGAUGGUUAUGAUGGUUAUGAUUACCGAAGCCCAAGUUAUGAUUCUCUCAAAGAAUUAAUUGAUACGCGAUUUGCUGUUUUCGUAGUUCUUCCGAAUUCCUUUUAUCAUCAAGAUAGUUGGGUUGGGCUUGCCGUAUUAGAAGUUUACGCCUGA